AUGUGUGAGACGGGGGGAGACGUAGGACACUUCGUAUCAUCCGAGAGAAAUUUAUAUAAGUGCAUUGUCCGUCUUGAACUCCUUGUUGUUGGUGGCCCCCUCAUCGGCGUCCCUAACGUCAUCGCUUCCACCAGCACCUCCACCCAACCGUUCUUUAAACAACUCGAAGUAUACGUCGAUAAGCUUGAGGGCGACUUGACGACAUCCCGGAGGCAGGAAGAUCUGGUUGAACGUGAUCGUAGCGUAGUGUCGUGCGUGGGCGUUCCCUCCUCCUAG